CUCCCCGGCCUCCGCAGCCCCGGCCCGGCGGGCGGACACCCGGCCGGCGCUGAGCACAGCCUGCAGGCUCCCACUCAGAUCCCACAGCUGGAAGCCCGGGGUAACCUGCUCUGAGAGCUGAGCUCUGCCAGGUCCCCAACGGCCCGUGGGCCUCUCCGCAAUGCUGCAGUGCAAACACACGCAGGAGUUCAGCUUCGGGCCCCGGGCUCUGAAGGAUGCGUUGAUCUCCACCAACCCGGCCCUGCAGGAGCUCUAUGCCAAGGCUUUCUCCAGGGCAGAGAAGCUGUUCCUUUCUGAAGCCUACAACCCGCAGAGGACGCUUUUCUGCACGCUGCUCAUCCGGACAGCUUUCGAUUGGCUCCUCAGCCACCCCGAUGCCCCCGAGGACUUUGAAACCUUCUACCACGCCAUGCUGAGGAGAAAGCAGAGCUUCUGCCGAAAGCACAUCUACCUGCAGCCUAUCGACCUGACCGAAGGGCCUGCGGGGCCCUCACUGCUGGAUUCCCUUCAGAGCUGUGUGGAGUCCUUCUUCCUGGGGCUCCGUGUGAAGUGCCUUCCUUCCAUCCCCAUCUCAUCCAUUCACUGCUGCUACCGCCACAGCCGGGACUCGGACAGAGUGCAGCUGCAUGCAGAUGGGAUCCUGAACUUCCUAAAGAACAACAAGCCCAUGGAUGCUCUGUGUGUCCUUGGGCUCACUCUGACCGACCUGUACCCAUGUGAGACCUGGAGCUUCACGUUCAGCAAAUUCCUACCAGGACAAGAAGUGGGAGUCUGCAGCUUCGCUAGAUUUUCUGGGGAUUUCCCCCAGGCCAGUUGUAGCAGCUUGAACCCACUCACACACAGAGAACAGCUAAGUGAUGUCAGCAAGGAGAGCCGAGAGAGGACCUUGCCGUUCAGUGCCCAAGAGAUGGUCCAGUGCUGUAAGGUGACCUGUCAUGAGAUCUGCCACCUGAUGGGCCUGGGGACGUGCCGCUGGCUGCAGUGCAUCAUGCAGGGCGCGCUGAGCCUGGAUGAAGCCUUGCUGAGGCCCUUGGAGCCCUGCCCCAUCUGCCUGCGCAAGCUGCAGCACAUCGUGGGCUUCAAGCUUGUCGAGCGCUACAGGAAGCUCUAUGCUUGGACGCAGACCGUGCUGUCCACGUGGCCAAAGCAGGAGCCAGCAGACCUGUCAGCCUCGGAGGACGUCCUUCCACUCAGCUCGGACUCCGGGAUGUGCUGUGAGAACGACUCCGAGGCCGUGACCUCCUUGUCAGAGCCGCUGACGCCGGACGUGUGCAGCCAGGCGCUCUCCAUCGGCCCGGAGCUGGAGCAGGACGAGCGGUCGUGUUCGCUGGCUGAGGUGCAGAGUCAGCCCCAGCCGGCUGGGCCCAGCCAGCCCACAGAUGUCAUUAAAGAUUACGAGCUGUGGCUGGAGAUGUGCAUCGCUGCCCUGGAGAGGAACGUCUCUGAGGAGGAACUGGCUCGAGUAGACAAGGCCGUGGAUGCUCUGGCUAGGUGGGACAUGUUCACGGGACAGCUGCCCGCUAUGAAGAAGGAUCUGCCCUUUGUUAGGGACAACACCGGGCUACGGAAAGUUCUCGGAGACAAAUUUUCCUCUUUGAGGAGGAAACUGAGUUCCAGAAAACUGUCCAAAGGGGAAUCAUCCCCUCAUCGCUGGCGGUGGGAGGACAACUAGCAGGGCCUCUGCCUUUGGGUGGGCCAUCUUUGCUGCCGAGGCUUUGGCUGCGUUGCUGCCCCACCUCUGACCUCUCCCCACGAGUUGUUGCUGCCACAGAGAAACUGGAACUCCCCCAGGAAUAAAAGCUGUUUCUUUUUUUUUCUGAU